AUCUACUAACCGGAUCAUUUUCUAUUUGGUUGGAAUCAUCAUCAUGGCACUCAUCCAACACCACCUCCCCUUCUUCUUCUCGCACCUCAUAAGCAUCCCACCUGAACUACCUAACCAAUUGUCUCGAAACUUUCAGUUUUCAGUUUCUUCUUCAAACCCACCUCCCAAGUUUGCGAAAGAACUCACUUUUCGCUCUCAAAGAUGCAGGUGAGCAGUUUCAGUAACUCCAAAGCCGGAACUGUAGGGUUUCCAAAUUCCCAGUUUUUUCUUGAUUUCAAGGCUAGCCAGUUGGGGAAUCCAGGCUUUCUUUACGAAUCCAUGUGCACAAAGAAGGCAAAAGCCCUAAAUUACAGUGUCCUUUAUGAGCCCAGAGGGUCAAAGCAGAGUGUUUCUUGUUCUAAACCCUUGAAAACCGGAAAUUAUUCUAAUCAGGAGAUGGGCUUCCUCAAAUCAGUGAAAAGAAACAAUAAUUUGUUCUCUGUUAGGGCAAAAUCGGUGAUGGAUGUUAGUAAAGUAAUGGAGAAAGACGAUGUGACAGAGGGGAAGAGCAAGGAUAGCGGUGGUGGUGGUGGUUAUGACGCAAUUGUGAUUGGUUCAGGGAUCGGUGGAUUGGUGGCGGCAACGCAAUUGGCGGUGAAGGGAGCCAAGGUGUUGGUUCUGGAGAAAUAUGUGAUUCCUGGUGGGAGCUCUGGGUUCUAUGAAAGGGAUGGUUACACUUUUGAUGUCGGAUCAUCUGUGAUGUUCGGAUUCAGCGACAAGGGAAAUUUGAACUUAAUAACUCAAGCACUGGCGGCAGUCGGGUGUAAAAUGGAGGUGAUACCCGAUCCAACCACCGUCCAUUUUCAUCUUCCAAAUAGCCUUUCUGUUCAAGUACAUAGAGGAUACGAUGAUUUCAUUUCUGAGCUUACGAGUAAAUUUCCACACGAAAAGGAAGGGAUUCACAAAUUCUACAACGAAUGCUGGAAGAUUUUCAACGCAUUGAAUUCACUGGAACUCAAAUCCCUCGAGGAACCUAUAUAUUUAUUUGGACAGUUUUUCAAAAAGCCCGUGGAAUGCUUGACACUAGCUUAUUAUUUGCCACAAAAUGCUGGAAGCAUCGCUCGCAACUUUAUUAAAGAUCCAGAAGUUCUCGCAUUCAUAGAUGCUGAGUGUUUUAUUGUGAGCACUGUUAAUGCUUUACAGACACCCAUGAUAAAUGCAAGCAUGGUGUUAUGUGACCGACAUUUUGGAGGUAUUAAUUACCCUGUUGGUGGGGUUGGAGGGAUUGCAAAAUCCUUGACAAAAGGUUUAGUUGAUCAUGGAAGUGGAAUACUUUAUAAAGCAAAUGUCACAAGCAUUAUCAUCGACAAUGGAAAAGCAGUAGGAGUUAAACUGUCGGAUGGAAGAGAGUUUUUUGCGAAAACCAUAAUCUCAAAUGCUACUAGAUGGGAUACUUUCGGCAAGCUUUUGAAAAAGCAAGAUCUACCAAAAGAAGAAGAAAAUUUCCAAAAAGUUUAUGUAAAAGCGCCUUCUUUUCUUUCUAUUCACAUGGGGGUCAAAGCUGAGGUUUUGCCACCUGACACUGAUUGCCACCAUUUUGUUCUUGAGGAUGAUUGGAAAAACUUAGAGGAGCCUUAUGGGAGUAUAUUUUUGAGCAUUCCAACUAUACUUGAUUCAUCGUUGGCUCCAAAAGGGCGUCAUAUUCUUCACAUAUUUACGACUUCGUCCAUAGAGGACUGGCAGGGGCUUUCCACAAAAGAUUACGAGGCAAAGAAGGAACUUGUUGCAGACAAAAUCAUCAGCAGACUCGAAAAGAAACUAUUUCCAGGCCUCAAAUCCUCCAUCGAAUUUAAAGAGGUGGGCACACCAAAGACACACAGACGGUAUCUUGCUCGUGAUAGUGGCACGUACGGGCCAAUGCCACGUGGCGUGCCCAAGGGCUUAUUGGGAAUGCCUUUUAAUACCACCGCUAUAAAUGGUCUGUAUUGUGUGGGAGAUAGUUGCUUUCCAGGACAAGGUGUUAUAGCGGUAGCCUUUUCGGGAGUAAUGUGUGCACAUCGAGUAGCUGCAGAUGUUGGACUUGAAAAGAAGUCACCAAUAUUAGAUGCUGGUCUCCUUGGGAUUCUUGAAUUUGAGGAAGGAGAUAUCCUCGUUGUGAUCUCAGAGUAG